UUAUCGUUUAUGCAAGAAUUUUCACAUUUACUUAUUUAUUUUUAAGUAUUUAUUUAUUUAUAAAAGAAUUUGAAGAAAAGAGAGGAGAGUCGAGUGCCAGUGACUAUAAGUGACAGUAUCGUGACUAGUAUCCGAUGCGGUAUAAUGCCUACGAUAGAAAACUAGCAUGAAUUAACCAGAACUGAAUCCGGUUCUGAUUGUAUUACGACGAAGGCGUGACGUGCAUAAUACGCAAGCCGGAAAACAGUCCCAGUAUUGAAAAUGCUACUCGCUUAUGUGAUUGAAUUCGAUUGCGAGAAUGAUAAAGCGGACUGAUCUGAUUUCGUUGGCAAUUUGGGAUCGAACGUUUUUUCAGGCGUGUAUACAAGUUGAUAGGAUCAUCACCCUUGACUCAGUUAACGGCGGAUUAGCGACCUUGUCUGAAGGUAAACGUGGAGAGAAGGAGUCAGCGAAGCCUCUGGGCUAGUCAAUGACCAAGGGAUGUCGGAUAUGAUUUUAACUUGUACCGAACACCAAGAACACCGGUCAGGCAACGUGUAUCGCGUAUGUGUAUAUAAGUCCUGUUUUCACGGAUCUUGCGCUCACAAUCAGUUAAAUACGCGCGAGGUAAACGCCACUUGGUCGCAAAGUAUUGCGAAUCUUUAUAGCGUCUUUGAAAGGAGAGCAUCGGAACAUCAAAUGCUGACUCUAACUAACUACACGAAUAUUGUCAUGUUCAUCAUAGUGGCAACUUGCACGGCUACGCCAGUUCUUUUUCUAACUCCCGAAGCGACGCUCGCCCAUCCAGCUGUCAUAAUUAAUUCUGCAAUGGAAGAUAAUUUGCCUAACCAAUUACGAAAUAAUUUCUAUAAAAAUCCAAGUAUCGCUGCUGGUCUCGCUAAGGAAUCCUGGUUCAUCGAUAAAGAAAUGCAGGUAAUCGACCGAGAAACGGACAAAAUACCGAGAGAAAAGAUUUACAGGGUGUUGCAUAACGCUGGACUUAUUCGCAGAUAACAUCAAAAUGAUAAAUGAAUUAGCUAUAAUCUUGAAACUAUAUCUUGAAACUAUAUUUCCAUAUGUUCUUUCGUUCGGUUUCUCGCUUACCUAUAACAUUUGCUCGCCCGUUCGCUCGUACUGCUAUCAUUCUGGAUUCAUUACAUAAUGAUACCACAUUUCGAUUCGAUAUCUUAUACUGUCUCCCCACACUCUACACGGGUUACAGUCAGUUCUAAUUAUUUCUUGCAUUUUGACUUACGAUCCGGUCUAGAAGUAACGUUCACAAUCAAGUAAAACUAAUCUGACAUGCGAUUCAAUCCUGCGAAAGUUACUAUUUUAUGAGCAAAGUAUGUGCUAUAUACAUAUAGGACAUAGGUAUGUGUGUAUAUGAUUCUACAAAAUUCGAUAUUUUCGAUUCUAAAAUUAAACAAAUAACAUUAUUAAUUAUUCACUCACGCGACCCCGAUGCGCAACAGCGGAAUUAUAUCUGCCACGUAGCUACGUUGAUUCUGUAACAAACAAAUAUAAAAUUCAUAUAUUAAAACGGUAUUCAAAAAACGGAAAACCUAAUAAUGUUUUAAAACAUA